UUCGUUUUUCACCCAGUCACGGUUGUCCAUAAAUUUAAAAGAAUUUAAUUUAAUGAUGACCAGGAUAUUUAAAUUAAUUUGUUGAACAUGUCUCAUAGAAAUUUUCACAACUCCAGGGAGAGUUAUGUGAAGGAGAUACAAAUACUGGAACCGGAAGUCAGCUGCGAGGACCACAUCUUGAAACGAACGCAAUCUGGACGUCAAUUUACAGAAUUCCGUCUUAAAUUAAGAAAAUCCCAGAGCGUAGGAGGGUCGACGAAAAAAUUAAACAGAUGCAGUCGUAAAUUGACGGCGAACGGUCUGAAGGUGCCAGAGGUACCCGAAAAAAUUGUUAAUAUUCUGAAUAUUUUGCAACACGAGAACUUCUUGGAAUUGGUCGAUCAAUUCUUCAAGCCCAAGGCUACCAAGCAACCGUGAAGGAAUAUCGCGGUCGAAUAACGUCCAUUAUGACUCAAACAUUGUCACGGCAAAGUUAAAAAGUUGACUUUGACUGAUUGUCGGAAUAACACUUUGUAAUUUUGUCCUUUGAAUAAACAAACGUGUUUGUAUGGUGAAAAACAUUGAUUCAUGAAUAUUUUUG